UGACAGCGGAGGAUUAAGGGUGUGCGUUGGGGGCACAGGCUGUCCCGCCACCGGCAGAGCCACAGGGCCUCUGGGAAGGGCAAGCAGCGGGGCCAACGCUGGCCUCCUCUUGCCAUCCCUCUGCUUCACUUUGCCGCCCUGACCGACUCCGAACCUGCCCGGGUUUAUGGGCUUUUAGUUGCAACUCCCAAGAGCAAGACGGGAUGGUGUCUGCGAGAUGGGUAGGACUUGGUCAGCCACUCAAACAGCACGGAGAUACGUCUCCCUAUGACCAAAGGGGAAAGUGAAACAAAACGGUGCAGAAGCCACAGCUCCAGGGGAGAAAGAAAAUGGAAGAGAAUCCAAGUGUCGAUCCGUCUGGAGCUGGGCCAGCCCAAGAUGAGGUGGAGAGCACAGCAGAGCAUCCUGUGCAUCAAGAGCCCACCCAAGAGACACUUGAGCACCAAGUGACAAGCAGGGGGCCUGAGACCUCUUGCAAACCAGAGGAGGACUCUUCGGUGUGUAAAUCACCAACUGCUGAUGGAGGAGAGACGACACUGCCGGAUUCAGCUGGCCCCACAGUAGAGGAGAAGGUUCCCCAGGAAACUGAAGUAGCACUGGAAGAAUCUGGGAAGACAAGAGAUGGUGUCUCAGAAAGAUCCCAGGAAGAAGAUGACUUGGAUGAAGCCAGGCUGGCCCACGAUAAAACGGACAGCAAAGGAGACAGCCCUGUCCACCAGGAAACACGGGAGGACCAGGAGACAAGCAAGCAAUGUGAAAGCUCCUGCACAGCAGAGGAAGAUGCUUCAUCAGGAAGCAAGUCACUGGGGUCUGACAGUAAAACGACACAUUCGGAUGUGACCACCACAGAAGAUGUCACCAAGGGCCUCUUGGCAGAGAAGAGCACCAGUGCCCCUCUCCAAGGCCGGGAGCCCCAAGAGCACAUAAAGCAAGAAACACAGGCGAGCGGAUCCCCAGACCAGUUAAGGAGCAGACAUGGGACCAAAGGGCAUGCAGCCCCAAAGCCGGAGGCUCAGUCCUGCUUGCAGAACGUCACCACCCAAAGCACAGACCAGGAGAAGGCCAAAGAGUCCCUCUUGCUGAAAGGUGAGGAAAAGAAGCUUCCCUCGUGCAUUACUCAUCGACCAGAAGGCACUGAUCCUCCAGGAACAAGGCUUGUCGUCAUGAGCCUUGUAUUGCUCGGCUUCUGCAUAUUCUGCUUCGGCAACCCCACCUCCAAGUCCCAGCAAGCCCCCAAGAACCCCACGGUGGAGGCCUUUCUGUCCCAGUUCAACCAGCUGCAGGACAGGUUUCCCGGGCAGAGUCCCCACCUAUGGCUUCGUGGGCGCAAGUUCCUGCAGAAGCACCUCAACGCGUCCCACCACACGCAACCGGCCAUCAUCAUCUUCACAGCUGCCCGCAAGGCUGAGCGGACCUUGCGAUGCCUUAGCGCCCAUGUGGCUGACACCUACUCGGCCGCCCUGCACGCCAGCAUGGUCCAGAUAGAUGGCAUGGAUAAAUCCAGGCUCCAGAGCGACCAGGCCAAGCUGGACGUGGACUCAGAGCUAAGCUUAGCUUUCCAGGCUGGGGGCCGUGCUGCAGUGAUACACCGCUUCGAGUUGCUGCCGGCGGGGGCCACCCUCAUCUUCUACAAAUACUGCGACCAUGAAAGUGCUGCUUUCAAGGACGUGGCCCUGCUGCUGACCGUGCUGCUGGAAGAGGAGAUGCUGGAGACCCACAUCAGCCUCCAGCAGGUGGAAGAGAAGGUCCGUGACUUCCUCUGGGCCAAGUUCACCAACACCAGCACCCCCAGCUCCUACGACCGCAUGGACUCUGACAAGCUGAGUGGGCUGUGGAGCCGUAUCUCCCACCUGGUCCUACCGAUCCAGCCGGUGCAGACCAUCGAGAAGGGGGGCUGCCACGUCCACACCAAACCCUAAGGGCAAAGGCCGCCAGAGCCCCGGGAAGGGUUGGAAAGAUGGUCCUGGCUGACUCUGGUGCAGGCAGUGGCACAAACAGUGCUAUUUCUCUUCAGUUUGUUUCCCCGUAUCUUCCUGGGAAAGAGCUGGACAGGUACAAGUUGAUCGAGGCCAUUUGGCCAGCUGAGUCCUGGAGGUGGCAGAUGACACGCUUCCUUCCGGCAGAUGGGAAGAGUGGAUAUUCUAGACCGCUAAUUGCACAGGAGAACAUCGCUGUGUGGGGAGGUGGGAGGGAAAACAGGACUUUGCAGGUAGAAUUUCUAUCAGGAAAUACACAAAUAACGUACGCAACUGUUACGCCAGAAAGAUACGUCAAUUCAGUAGCUCUUUCAUUUCUCCUGCCCCUCAGUUUGCUGAUGUCGUGUACCUCAGUCUCAACACAUACUUUAUCUAGAAGGUUUCUCUUUCUUUGCGGAGAGCUGCUGGAACACAGGAAGGUCAAAUUCCCCAAAGCCCAACAUUUUGAAGGCACGCUUCAAAAAGAAAACCAGUUGGCUCAUCGAGGGUUUGACCAGUCAGUCCUGACAGAGCCCCACUUGCACAGACUGAACGACACCCAGCUCCUAAAUAUAUAGGAUGUUCAAACAAACCUGCAAUUCAGAAAUCCCCUAAACAUCAAUUACAAGAAAUUUCAGGUUGUCAGCAUUUUAACACUGCACUAAAGGGGGAUCUCACAUGCCAGAGAAUAAGCUCCAAAGACAGAGAGCAACAAAACAGAAGCCACCUUACUGUUGCUCUGAUAGUGUGAAGCCUCAAGGGAUGGCAGAGGUGAAAGAAUGAGUAAUACAGUUUAACUUAAUGCUACCUCUUAAAAAAAAAAAAAAAAAGCCCACUCUUGAUCCCUUUGCCACCACAAGGCUCUGACUAUCUCUUUGGUCUGAUGCAUCAGCUUUGGCCCUACAUGAUGGAUUGCUCCUCAUCCAAGAUCUCUGGUCUGUGCGGAGGGCAGGAAGCCAUCUGCCAGCCUCUCCCCAGCUGACUUGUACUGAUGGAUGUAGAUGUUAACGUUGAUGUUUAUUUCAAACCACGUAGGGUAGCACACCAGGUCCUUGCCCUCCAAAGGUACAUUUGCCUCCCUGCCAGGCAGCUGGUGCUCUGGCACGUGCUAAAGCAACUAGGAGCAGAGCUGGGAUUAGCUGGUAAAGACAAAAUCUCUGGCAUUAACACUAAAAAUCCUCAACAAAGCAGGUUGGUUUCUUACCGUGCCUCUUCUUCUGCAUCCCAGGAAGAGAAACCUGAAUCCUGGAAACGCUGCGGUGGCCUUGCACAUUGCAUUUGGGCAGAUGCUCUGGGAUAGAGCAGCCAACUCAGGGAACACCUGGGGGGCAGGUUACAGCAUUUAUAACCACCCAACGGUCGGCCCCAGGUGUCGGCCCCUCGUGCCUGCCGGAGAAGGAGCAGCUGUAUGAGAGCACGGCUUAUUUCCAUAUAAGCACCACAGACCGGCGCCUUGCAGAGCCCGGCUCUGGAUCCGAACAAGACACAAACGGAGAACACUACGGUGUUUUUACAAGCAGCGCUCCUUACGGCAACCGGAGCCUGGCGUUGGCCAGGUCUCCUGCCAACGGUGCCUUGCUGAUCUGGCCCAGCUGAGGCACAGCCCCGCACCCUAAAACCACUGCCUGUCUCUUCUUUCCUCCUGCCGCGUGCCUUGCCCCGUCUCAGGAGAUCUGUGGCCAUUAACUUGGAGGAGGGGACAAAAUGAAGGAUGAGGAGGGGGUUCUUUGUUCACGUCCUAACCAAAGGACAGACUUUUUGGUUGGUUGGGGACAUGAAGACAAGACCACAGGGGUUUUAACCGUGACAAACACGAGAACUACCUGCUGGACCCCAGCAUCAGCAGGGCAGCCCAGGGCACGGUUUUGUACAAGGUACAGAUUGCUUCCCCCCCCUCCCUCCUUUUUAUUGCUAUACACUACUUUGGUAACAGAAAACACUGUUUCUGCUCUGCACAGUUCAGUAUGGGCGUUGAUGUAAGAACCGGCAGAGCAUUAAUCAUGUUAUGGCAAUAUCUUGAGGGAAAUCUGUAUUUUAACGUUAUCUCGCUCUCUGUUUUAUGUACUGUGUUUGUAAUGCAUAGCCAAGGUAUGCAAGGGCAACUUCGCGCUGCUUGGACACAUCGCUGUAAGCAUCUUUUACCCGAGCUGUUCUAAUACAGAAAUAUCUUUAUGACCUUUUAAAGACAAAAAUACCUGCUUGCUUCUGAAACAAGACUUCUAUUUAAAAAUAAAUAAUGAGAUUGCAAAAGAAACCAGCAAAGUCUUCGAAGUGAGACUGGAGCCUUACUGUAUUCUGGUGGGGUUUUUUUCCUCUCACUAUUUUCAGUUCAUUAAGCAAGAGAGAUCAUCAUAUUGGACAAAGUUUUAUUUAGGUCAGGGCUGUAGUUGUGCAAACAAAGUGAAUAUUUGCUUUUUCUGGAAAAACUCCAAACAAUCUUUUUCUCAGUUGUUUGGGGCAAACAUUUGCAGCUUUUUUAACUAAGGCAAAACUAAAACCAAACCCCUGAACAGAUGCUGAAUUCAACCCAGACUGAAACGUACUGAGGUU